UUCGCUCGAGCGCUCUGAACAAUGACUGCGCGAGAGGAUGAUGUGAAUCUGGACAAAUGAGUGAUUUAACGUCAAUACUGCACACCGCGCUGUUUUGUACGCUUUUUUCACAACAAACACCCUGAAUAUGUGGAUUCCUACGGAACACGAGAAAUACGGAGUCGUGCUGGCCAGUUUUCGAGGAACGGUGCAGCAUGGCUUGCCUCUGGAGAUCGGUGACACGGUGCAGAUCCUGGAGAAAUGUGAAGGUUGGUACAGAGGAUUUGUCCUCAAGAACCCGAAUGCCAAGGGCAUUUUCCCAUGCAGCUACAUCCAUCUGAAGAAUGCUAAUAUCAAGAAUAAAGGGCAGUUCGAGACGGUGGUGCCGACCGAAGACUCUGUCAUUACGGAGAUGACGUCCACCCUGAGGGACUGGGGCGCCAUGUGGAAGCAGCUCUUUGUGAAAAAUGAAGGAGAUCUGUUUCACAGACUGUGGCAUGUGAUGAAUGAGAUUUUGGACCUCAGGCGGCAGGUUUUGGUGGGUCACCUGACCCACGACCGCAUGAGGGACGUCAAACAGCACAUCACGGCACGUCUGGACUGGGGCAACGAGCAGCUGGGUUUGGACCUGGUACCCAGGAGGGAGUUCAGCAUGGUGGACCCGGAUGAAAUCAGCGUCACCGAGCUCUACCGUCUGAUGGAGAAUCGGCACAGAAAGAAGGAAACUCCGACUCCUGUCAGCACACAUCACCUGUUUGUCCAUCCGAAGAGUCUGAUGAGCUCAAACCUGGGUGAAGAGCUGGAGGUCUUCUUCUUCAUCUAUGAUAGUCGAGAGAACAAACCGCUCAGUGAAAGGUUCUUUGUUAAACUCAAUAAAAACGGUCUGCCCAAGUUUCCCGAGAAGACUGAAAGACAAUGCACACUUUUUGUGGAUCUGGGCAGCGGCGACCUGAGAAAAGACGUGUAUAUUGUGGUACACAUCAUUAGGAUUGGGAGGAUGGGUGCAGGAGAGAAGAAGAACACGUGUAAUGUACAGUACAGACGUCCGUUCGGCUGUGCUGUGGUCAGCAUCGCUGAUCUUCUCACUGCUGACUCCAAAGAUGACCACCUGCUGAAGGUCUAUGCCUGCAACACAGAGAGCGACUGGAGUCAAAUCCACGACAACAUCAUUAAGAAAGUCAACUCCAGAUACAACCUCUCAGGAUCCAACACAGGUCUGGCGGUGGCGCUUCAGUUGCUGCAUGGCGACAUCGAGCAGCUGCGGAGAGAAUACAUGGUGCUCUUCACCAGAGGAGUGUCCAUUACCAAAAAACUAGGCUUCUCUGAUGUCAUCAUGCCAGGUGAGAUGAGAAACGAUCUCUACAUAACGCUGGAGAAGGGCGAGUUCGAGAAGGGAGGGAAGAGCGUGGCGAGGAACGUAGAGGUCACCGUCUACGCGAUUGACGCCGAUGGACAGAUCCUCAAGGGGUUUGUGGCCGUGGGCUCGGGCGAGCCAGGCGGAGACGAGUAUCACACCUUCGUGCUUUACCACAACAACAGCCCACGCUGGGCGGAGCUAAUCAAGCUGCCCAUCCCAGUCGACAUGUUCCGGGGCUCUCAUGUCCGCUUCGAGUUCCGCCACUGUUCCACAAAAGACAAGGGGGAAAAGAAGCUGUUCGGCUUCUCAUUCGUUCCUCUAAUGCAGGAAGACGGGCGGACUCUGCCCGACGGCACCCACGAGCUCAUCGUUCAUAAGUGUGAGGAGAACGCUAACCUGCAAGACUGUGCUCGCUACCUCAAACUGCCCUUCUCGAAAUCAAAUCUGCCCGGCAACAACCAAACUAUGAAAGGCACUAAGGAAUCCCUAUGGAUCACAUCAUUCCUCUGUUCUACCAAACUCACUCAGAACGGUGACAUGCUGGACUUACUGAAGUGGAGAGCCCAUCCGGAGAGAAUCAGCGACAGCCUGUCUAAACUCAAAGAGAUCGAUGGCUCAGAAAUAGUUAAGUUUUUACAAGAUACACUGGACACGCUUUUUGGCAUUUUGGACGAGAGUUCACAAAGAUAUGCACUCAAGGUGUUUGAUUGUCUGGUGCACAUUAUAAACUUGCUCCAGGACAGCAAGUUUCAGCAUUUUAAACCAGUCAUGGACACCUACAUUGAAAGCCACUUUGCAGGAGCCCUGUCAUACAGGGAUCUGAUCAAGGUGCUGAAGUGGUAUGUGGACCGUAUUAUUGAAGCGGAUCAUCAGGAACACAUCCAACAGGUGCUGAAGGCGACGGAGUAUAUUUUUAAGUAUAUUAUCCAGUCACGACGGCUGUUUGCGCUGGCCACGGGCGGACAGAACGAGGAGGAGUUCCGCUGCUGUAUGCACGAGCUUUUCAUGUCCCUCCGCUUCUUCCUCUCGCAGGAGAACAAGGGCUCACGGCCCAUCACACAGACACAGGCAGUGUUUCUGCAGUCGUUCCCAGCUGUGUACGGGGAGUUGCUGAAGCUCUUUACGGUCAGGGAAGUGGCCACGUUUGUACGGGAGACCUUGGGCAGCCUCCCCACCGUGUCCCAAGCCGACUGCCCCCUGGAGGCCGUCAAACUGCACUGCAUCGCCAAAACCGUAGAGAGCCAGCUCUACACAAACCCUGAGUCUAGAUGUAUCCUGCUCCUGGUGGUGCUGCGUUUGCUCCAGGCUCACAUGCAGGAGCAGCGAGAUCUCGUCAUGUGCGCUCACAUACUCACCUGCAUGCUGUCUCUCCUCAAGAAAGACGACAAGGAGCCAGCCGUAUCCGAAGAGGUGGAUCUGAUCGUGGAGAGUGUUUUGGGUGUCUUACUGCGGACCAUAUUGGAAAUCGCUAACCGGCCACAACCAGCAGGGCCUACGCUACGGCCCCAAGUUCAAGACGUUACGGCAGACGACCUGCGGGACUUUCUCCUGCAUAUCUUCACUGUGUUUCGCAUCCUGAUAAGACCAGAGAUGUUCCCCAAAGACUGGGCGGUCAUGCGGCUCGUCACUAACAACAUCAUCAUCACCACGGUACUCUACCUGUCAGACGCUUUAAGAAAAAACUUCCUCAAUGACAAGUUUGACUAUAAGGUGUGGGAUUCCUACUUCUGCCUGUCUGUUAUAUUCAUCAACCAGCCCUGCCUUCAGCUCGAGACCUUCUCUGCGUCGAAGAGAAAGAAAAUACUGGAAAAGUACGGAGACAUGCGUGUCAUGAUGGGAUGUGAGAUCUUUAGCAUGUGGCAGAAUUUAGGAGAGCACAAGCUGAACUUCAUCCCAGCGAUGAUCGGCCCGUUCCUGGAGGUGACGCUGGUGCCUCAGCCGGACCUGAGGAACGUGAUGAUCCCCAUCUUUCACGACAUGAUGGACUGGGAGCAGCGCCGGAGCGGCAACUUCAAACAGGUGGAGGCAAAACUUAUCGACAAGCUAGACAGCCUUAUGUCAGAGGGCAAAGGAGACGAAACGUACAGAGAGCUUUUCAACAGCAUUCUGUUGAAGAAGAUCGAGAGAGAGACGUGGAGAGAGAGCGGGAUAUCCCUCAUAGCCACGGUCACACGGCUUAUGGAGCGACUGCUGGAUUACAGAGACUGUAUGAAAUUGGGGGAAGUGGAUGGAAAAAAGAUUGGCUGUACAGUCAGUCUGCUGAACUUCUACAAAACAGAGCUGAAUAAAGAGGAAAUGUACAUCCGCUACAUUCACAAGCUGUAUGACCUGCAUCUGAAAGCGCAGAAUUACACAGAGGCCUCAUAUACACUUCUGCUGUACGACGAGCUGCUGGAAUGGUCUGAGAGACCCUUGCGGGAGUUUCUGAGUUACCCGAUGCAGAGUGAGUGGCAGAGGAAGGAGUAUCUGCACCUCACCAUCAUCCAGAACUUUGACCGUGGAAAGUGUUGGGAGAACGGCAUCAUCCUGUGCAGAGAGUUAGCGGACCAGUACGAAUCCUACUAUGACUACAGAAACCUUAGCAAAAUGAGGAUGAUGGAAGCUUCGUUUUAUGAUAAAAUAAUGGACCAACAGCGUCUGGAGCCAGAGUUCUUCCGAGUGGGCUUCUACGGCAAGAAGUUCCCUUUCUUUCUACGGAAUAAGGAGUUUGUGUGCCGUGGUCAUGACUACGAGCGUCUGGAGGCGUUCCAGCAGCGCAUGCUCAAUGAGUUCCCUCAUGCCAUCGCAAUGCAACACGCCAACCAGCCUGACCAGACCAUCUACCAGGCUGAAGCCCAAUGUAUCCUCCAGACAUCUCUUCUCUUUUCCGAACGCACACACUUGCACACCAGAAGUCUGUGGGUAGAAAGAACAACGUUAACGCUUGUUCAGAGUCUUCCAGGCAUCUCACGCUGGUUUGAAGUGGAGAGGAGAGAGCUGGUGGAGGUGAGUCCUCUGGAGAAUGCUAUCGAGGUCAUCGAGAACAAGAACCUGCAACUGCGGACGCUGAUCACGCAAUGUCAAACCCGGCAGAUGCAGAACAUCAACCCCCUGACCAUGUGUCUCAACGGAGUCAUCGACGCGGCUGUCAACGGAGGUCUCGCUCGCUAUCAGGAGGCGUUCUUCGUGAAGGACUACAUCAUGAAUCACCCCGAAGACGGAGACAAAAUCGGCCGUCUCCGAGAGCUCAUGUUUGAGCAGGCUCACAUACUGGAGUUUGGUUUGACGGUGCAUGAGAAGUUCGUUCCUCAGGACAUGCGGCCUCUGCACAAGAAACUGGUGGAUCAGUUUCAUCUGAUGAAAUCCAGCCUCGGCAUUCAGGAGUUUCCAGCCUAUGUGCGAGCCAGUCCGAUCCACUUCAACGGAAGCCCUCGAGCCGGAAGAAACUCAGCACCCAACAUAAUGAGUCCAGAGGGAGGAGCGCGUGUGGUGUCACGCCGCAGUCCCCUCAGCUACCCAGCGGUCAACCGCUACUCUUCAUCCUCGCUGUCGUCGCAGGCCUCCAAUGAAGUGAGCAACAUCACGGGCCAAUCAGAGAGCUCAGAUGAAGUCUUCAACAUGCAGCCAAGUCCGUCUACCUCAAGUCUCAGUUCCAAUCACUCUGCCUCUCCCAACGUGACCAGCUCGGCUCCGUCUAGUGCCAGAGGUUCUCCACAGUUGUCAGAUAAACACAAGCAUUCCCGAGAGAACUGCCUCUCGCCGCGAGAGAGACCCUGCAGUGCCAUAUAUCCAAACCCCCUGGAUCCCGCACAGUUACGUCCCCCUGUCCCUCCUAGACCACCGUACUCAGGAUCUCCUGCCAAGACUACACGAUCACAGUCCCCCGUGAUGACAUCACGCUCGCCGCAGAAGACCUCUGUGCCUCCGUUCACCCCCUCGCCCACAGAGUGCCAGUCGACAGGGUUGGUGUCGAAUUCUCCGGUGCUUUCCGGAAGCUACAGCAGUGGCAUCUCGUCUCUCAGUCGCUGCAGCGUCUCUGAGGCCUCCGGAACUGAGAACACGCCCACUGACCACGCCUUCCCAAACUCCGCCUCCAGUGGAUCAGACGAGCUCAUUCGACGGGAGAACAAAACCCCGCCUCCCUACAGCAUACACGAUCGGAACAACCCCCGCAGACAGGUCCCACUUCCACCGAGCCUGUCGAUUCCUCCAAGCAUCGACGCACCACCUAUUCCUCCCAAACCGCACCAGAUUCGGAGGCAAGACACUGAGCCACGCCGACCGGACCAGUUUCCCAGACCCCGACCCAUUCCCAGGAAAGUCUCACAGCUCUAACGCUGCGCCCUUCACUCCAUCCCCACCAUUUGCACUUUUACACUUAACCUCUCUGGGUUUACGAUUACAAACUCCCGAUUUAGAUUAAAGGGGUUAUAUGAUGUUGCUAAAAAGAACAUUAUUUGGUGUAUUUGGUGUAAU